AUAAGGGCCCCCGCCCAAGCAGGGUAUCCAGGCUGUGGAGGUGACAUGGCCAAGUCACACCUGCUGCCGUGGCUGCUGCUGCUCUGUGCACUCUGUGGCCCAGGCACUGCCAACUGGACCAUCUCAUCCCUGACUUGUGCCCGGGGCCCUGAAUUCUGGUGCCAAAGCCUGGAGCAAGCCUUGCAGUGCAGAGCUCUGGGGCACUGCCUACAGGAAGUCUGGGGUUAUGCAAGAGCCGAUGACCUGUGCCAGGAAUGUGAGGACAUCAUCCGCAUCCUAACCAAGAUGACCAAGGAGGCCAUUUUACAGGUGGACACGAUUCGGAAAUUCCUGGAGCAUGAGUGUGACCUUCUCCCCUUGAAGCUGCUAGUGCCCCAGUGCCAUCACAUGCUCAACACCUACUUCCCAGUGGUCAUCGACUAUUUCCAGAACGAGAUUAACCCAAAGAUCAUCUGCCUGUACCUGGGCCUGUGCAAACCCAGACGUCAAGAGCCAGGACAGGAUCCUGAGCUGUCAGACCCCCUGCUGGACAAGCUAACCCUCCCCGUGCUGCCUGGAGCCCUCCAGGGGAGGCCUGGGCCUCACACACAGGACCUCUUGGAGCAGCGGCUUCCCAUCCCCCUGCCCUUCUGCUGGCUCUGCAGGAUGCUGAUCAAGCGAAUCCAAGCUGUGAUUCCCAAGGGUAUGCUGGCCACGGCUGUGGGCCAGGUGUGUCACAUUGUACCCCUGGUGGUGGGUGGCAUCUGCCAGUGCCUGGCUGAGCGCUACACCGUCCUCCUGCUGGAUGCACUGCUGGGCCGCACGCUGCCCCAGCUGGUCUGUGGCCUCGUCCUCCGCUGCUCCACCGAGGACAGUGCUGGCCCAGUCCUCUCAGCCCUGGAGCCUCUGCCUGGAGAAUGGCUACCUGAAGAGUCCACGUGCCGCCUCUGCAUGCUUGUAACCAGCCAGGCAGGGAGCACCAGCGGGCCGGCCAUGCUGCAGGCAAUACGCCAGACCUGCCUCAGCUCCUGGCUGGACAGGCAAAAGUGUGAGCAGUUUGUGGAACAACACAUGGCCCAGCUGCAGACCCUAGUGUCCGGGGGCAGGGAUGCCCACACCACCUGCCAGAUCCUGGGGGCAUGUGGGACCACGUUCAGUCCUCUCCAGUGCAUCCACAUUCCUCACUUCUGAUGAGAACUCAAAGCCAUGCCAGAUCCCAGGGCUUCCAGGACCAGGAAGAGCUGGGUCUCCCAUCCUGUUGAAACAAGAAAAGCAAUGGAUUGACACAGGGGACCUAGGAUCUGGUCCCAACUCUGCCAUCAACUGGCCAUGGAUCCUCAGCAAAGAUACGUUGCCCACCGCCCCCCCGCCCCCCGUCAGCAGCAAAGGGGGAUCAAAUAAAGUGGCUCUAGGAUUCUUGGGCUCUUGCACAUGACAGGGCUCCUCCUCAGGCUCCCCGCCCCCUGCGCAUGCUGAGAAGCACCCUUCACUCCCACAGUCACCUUCCCCACCUCCUUUCCUCAGAAGGACAUUAAGCCGGUGGACCACAAGCCUGCAGCUUGUAACCUCAGUCCUGUGUCAAUCUUACCUGUCCUGUCUCUAACCACAGCCCAAACCACUUCCAUCCUCUCUGGGUGUGACGUGCAGCCGGGAUAGCAUCUUCUGAAGGAAGUCUGCAAGAGGGGGCUUCCGGCCCGGGAACUUCCGGCCAGACUUUACACUGCACUGGAGCCAGCCCAGCUCCUACAAUCCCCCAGGGGCUGGGUCCACGGGAACCUGUCAGCCCCGCAGUCCCUCCCUGGCUCCCAGAGGACAACGGGGUAGAAGCUGGGGCCUGCCUCACUGGAUCUCCAUGAUACCAACUUUUACAAUUAGUUUGCUAAUACUUUCACGAAAUUCAAAUUCAGAAUAAAAAAAUGGGAGCAUAAAGCACCAUAUAAGAUAGAUGAAGUCGAACUUUUUGUAAAAAUCAGAAGACCUCUGACUUGUCAAGAAUGGACAUGGCAGGGCUCAAACAGGGUGGGAAGCUGAUGGGGCCAACUUUCAUAUUUGAAAUGUUCUGCAGCUUAAGAGCUGUCACUUUAAGAUGUAAAAAGGGGUUUUCUUUUUAUCUUUUUGUAAGGUGAGCUUCCAACUUUUGGUUGAAAUUCCAGCAUGAAUCCAUUUCUGCUAGGAUUUCUGUCCUCAAAGCUCAGUUGGGGUACAUGCUAAAAAUCGGUUCCUCUGUAUUUCAAUACCUGUAACAAUACUAAUAAAGUGUGUUGUUUCGUACUAAGAGGAAAGAGACACAGUCAUUUAAGAUGCCCCCCUCCUGAGGGUAGGUGGACCAGGCACUCUCCUCCUUGGCAGAGAGUGCCCACAGUGCCUCUCCCUCCUGUAACGGCCUCAUUCCCCCAAAGAGUCCACUUACUGGGAUGAGAUGAGGUGGUUAGGGUACCAAAAACUCAAGAUACACAACAAAAACAAUAAACUGAAUAAACCUUUAACAUUAAAGACCUAA